AUGUUGAGAGCGACAGUUCGCAAGAUCUUUACCUUUACCAUACCUCCCUUAUACUGCUUUAUGCUGUCAACGUUACGAGGCUUCCUCUCGCAGUUGUGUCCGUGCCGCAAGAUGGAGUGCAGGCAAAAUACUUCCCGCUUCCCCUCGCUCUUGUCGAGCUUAUGGGGCCCUCGACGGUCGCAACAGUCCCUCUCUGUUUCCACAUCGACACAGACUCAGACACAAACCCCGCGCGCGCCGGCACCAAAGAUUGAUAUCGCAUCUACAUUACAGAAGAAACGGUCCGCCGAACAAGAUCGAGUGAGCCGUGAGACCGCUCAAAAAGAGUUGGUGGGCGAGAUUGAGAAUCUGGUGGGACUGGAGAACGUCAAGCGCCAGCUGCUUGGGGUGCAGAACUGGGUGCAGAUCUGCCGUCGACAUGGUCGAGAACCCCGCAAUGAGUGGUACAAUAUAGUGUUCCAAGGGAACCCAGGAACAGGCAAGUCUACCGUUGCCCGAAUUUACGCCAAGAUGCUCUACGCCAUCGGCAUCUCCGACUCCAACACCAUCAAAGAAACAUCUGGCCGAGACCUCGCCAUCAAGGGCCCUCAGGGCGCUCAGAAAUUAAUCAAAGAGAUGGCCAACUCCGAAUCUCCCUCCGCACCGACAGCCGGUGUCUUGAUCGUCGACAACCCUCACACCUUGAUGCCCUCCAAGCUCGAAUCACAUAAGGAGAUCCUUGACUGUCUCCUUCAGGCGAUGGAACGGAAGACCGGGCGGAUCAUCGUCGUCUUCAUUGGCCAUGGCCCCGAUAUGGACACCUUCCUCCACGAGAACCCCCGAGUGCAGCGCCGGAUGUGUAGCACCGUGAAUUUUGCGGACUUCGACCGCCAUGAGCUUCUUCGACUCUUAGGACGCCGCAUCACGGAGGAAUACGGCGGAAAAAUGCAGGCCGAAGGCGGGCUCGACGGCCAGUACAUGCAGGCUGCAGCUCGCCGACUUGCCCGCAGUCGCGGUGAAGGAUUCACCAACAUCUAUGCCGUGCGGCAACUUGUGGAGACCAUCGCACACCGUCAAGCUGAGUGUCUGAUGGAGCAGCAGGACAUCGGAAUGGAGGAUGUAGAUUACUUCUUCUUUUCCAAGGACGAUAUUCUGGGACCCAACCCGUCCGACAUCCGGUCCCAGAGCGCCGCAUGGACAUCUCUCCAGUCGUUCGUGGGGCAGGAGCUCGUCAAGGCCUCCGUCCGCGAGGUUUUCGGCACGGUGGAGGAGAACUACUGGCGGGAGGUUAAAAAUCAGAAGCGGUUGUUGGUGCGAGUGAACCGUGUCUUCGCUGGCCCACCGGGCACGGGCAAGACCACUGCAGCAAAGCUGUACGCGCAGAUCCUGGCGGAUCUCGGUCUCCUCAGCAAUGGCGAAGUGACUGUCAAGCCCCUCUCCGCGUUUAAUAACAUCUCUGAUACCGACGGCAUCCUCUCUUCAACGGUCGGAAAAGCUCUGAUCAUCGACAUGGACACCCCAGAGACCGACGACAAUGAUUUCCAAGUCUCCGAUAGUGUGCUGGAUAUGCUCAUAAAAGAGCUGUCUGCGAACAGGGAGAAUCGCUGCACCAUUCUUGUCGGCUCCGACCAUGCCGUUGACACACUGCUCCCAGAACUUAAGGAGGCGUCAAGGAUGCUCGAACACCAAGUCGUUCGAUUCCAGCCACUCACCCGAGAGCAGAUGGAGGAGCUCUUCCAGGCGAAACUGCAAGAGCAAGAUGUGGACGCCACUCCCGAAGCCUUCCAAGCAGCCAUGGAUAUCCUCGAGAGCGCCCGGAUGCGCAAAGAUUUCGACAAUGCACGCGGGAUUGAGCGUCUCCUGACGGCUGCCAACCGCAAUUUCGACCAGAGACGUUCUCGUGCACCCGACACGCCUUUGUCACAACGUGUGCUCGGGCCCGAGUACUUCAACGCCGAAUUGGUGGGCGGCAAGGCCGCUCUAGCAUUCCGGGAGGAAUUGCGUCACUCGAUCGUCCCCGACGACAUCAUCUCUGUGCUGAAACGGUAUCACAAUGAGAUGAAGAUCGCCUGGUUCCAGGGCCAUGAUCCCAGAGCACGAGUCCCGUGCACACUGGUUUUCAAGGGCGCCAGUGGAACUGGAAAGAAGACCGUCGCCCGCCAUCUAAGCGCCUUGUACUAUAAGAUGGGGGUCUUGAAGACUUCUGCCAUGGUUGAAUGCUCGGUGUCUGAUCUCGUUACCACGAGUGUCAGUCACACAUCGAUCCGGACUCGGUCGCAGUUGGAGCGCGGACGCGGCAAGCUGCUGUAUGUCGAGGAUGCUCAUCGAUUGGGAGACAACGAAUACACCAUGCAGGCGAUGGAUGAGCUCAUCUACCUGCUGCCUAAGCUCUCCCAAGAGAUGGUUGUCGUUCUCGCAGGACCUUCUCAGGAAUUAGACCACCUGCUCGCCAAUCGACCUCGCCUGGCAAGCCUCUUCCAAGAAGAAAUUCCCUUCCGUAAUCCAACUCCUCGUGAAUGUCUCCGCCUGUUGGACCGACGACUCGAGGAGGAAGGUGUCCGGGGCCCUCGCCUGUUCCUGACCGACCCGCGCGAGGUAACUCACCGGGAGUUCACCCGAGCCAUUCAGAUCCUCUCCAUGUUCCCCUGCUGGGGUAACGCCCGAGAUAUUGGGCUUCUUGCUCGGUGGAUGGUGUCCGUCGCUGUCAAGGAUAUGCCGCUGGACGGCAUGACUCUUCCCGAGGUCCGUCUGACCGACGAGCAGGCGAUGGCCUGCAUGAUCAAAUUGUUUAACCUGAAGCGCGACCGCCUUCGUUUCAACCAGGAUCCCAAGGCCCGGACUCUUCCUCGCAUCCUCUCUCAGCCACGGAGCACGGAACGUGGCGGUGUUCGAUUUCCCGUUUGA